UCUACCAACUUCAAUAAUAGACAAGUUAAAGGUUCAAAGUUGAACUGUUCCCUGGUCUGAGUAUAAAAACCUACAGGAAUCUAUCUUUCAGAUACCGUAGUGUAUUUUUUACAUCGAUGAUACAUAUAUAUGAUACUGAAGGCAAAUAUUUUAAGAUUUAUCGCAACAUGUAUUUUGUCUGCCUGAUAGCCUUGGCUUCAAGUGCUGUUCCAGGAAUGUGUGCUCGCCCGUCAACCGUAACAGUGCAGCCUGCUACAGCAAAAUUAAAUGAAGAUGCGCUGAUUACGUAUGCAUUCACAACAACCCUACCAGGAGAAAAUGUGGCAGGCGAGACUUGGGUGAAAUGUGAUGCAGAUGGUGUACUGCAGGGGGAUCCUAUUAUAACGAAUUUAUUUAACAGAGAACCAAGAGGUAGAUACAGCAUAAGUCCUGAUGGAUACCUCAUUAUAUCUAACGUUAAAGUUAACGAUACAGGUUACUACCUAUGCAGGGUAACUACAUCCUCCGGUGACAAUGCGAAUGGGUUUUCAAAAUUAACCGUUCAUUAUCUUGACACACCUAAUUUGGAACCAAAAGGGAACAUUCUCAACGAAAAUGAAAUUGCGACAUUUACAUGCAACGUAUCUGAUGGCGUUCCAACACCUAUCACCAUUACAUGGAUCAAAGAUGGCGGCGUACUUUGUGUGUCUAAUACUGAGAAGUAUCCACAGUCAGAUACAACAUUAGAGAUCAGCAGAGUCAGUGAAGUGGAUGAAGGAGACUACCAAUGUCGAGUAGAGAAUGUAGCUUACAGUGGGGAUGAAGGAAAGCUGAGUAAUAAAGGAACUCUGCUACUGUUAAGACCUACUUCACCAUCAACGACACUCGUAUCAAGUCCCUCCGGAACAACAAGUAUUUCCAAAACGGUAGGCCUACCUCAAAAAUUGUCAAGCUCAUAUUAUACUGUUCUUGUUGCUGGAAUGACGUUUGUAGGUUUCUUUAUGGGAAUCCUUUUAUCUUCAAUUGUAUGUGGCGUCCUCUGGAAAAUGAGAAAUUCAAAAGCACAGGUCACCGAAACAACAUCCUGCAGAGAUUACGAGCUACCUCCGGUAAGAAAGAUGAAAACCGAAGAAGCUUCCAGAAAUGACGAACAACCAUCGGCUUAUACGGCGUACAACGUUGAGCCAGGAGCAGAUAACAAGUAUGAAGAUCUACAGUGGAAUUAUGACAACCCAGUUGUCUAUGUAAACGUCAAGUGAAAAACUACGUUUGAAUAUUAAUUUCAAUGUGAAAUUUUCAAAUGCUCUGAAUCGAGAAAAUAGUUACAACGUAUGGGGUUGCUGAUUUAUUGUUUAUUGUCAUAAUUGUCUAUUGUAGUCAUGUAUUAAUAUUUAACAUAAGAUUCAAAAUAAAGUUAAACAAAUGCUGUAUGUGUUUUUGUAAUAAGCUUUCAUUUUCCUUUCUAUUUUUAGAAACAUUUGAAAAACACUCAUUAUUAUUAUGGAUGUAAA